AAUUGCUCGUAAUAACAGGAUACAUUAAUCAAUGCUACUGUUAUCCACGACGAACAGAAAAAAAAACAUAAAUAGAUCGAAGAUGUAAGGUAUAUUGUGAAAAUAGUGAGAAGGUGGACGCUGAAGCUCAGAUAAUUGUACUGAGAUUUGAGGUUACAGUCAGUUACAGUUACUCGUCUUUCAUCGUCUUUUGUCGUCUUUGGUUCUCGUUUCACCACUUUCACAGGGGAAUUCAGGAGCCCUGAUUGGUCGGACUCCCAUAACCCACAUUUUCCCUUCCGAAAAAAAUGUGUCUGGAAGAUUAUUCCAAGCAGAGCUUAUUAUUUGAGUAGUUAUACAAAGAAUAAGUGGAUUGUUAUUUUGUGAUUGAGGACUAAUUAUUGAAAAGUCUGGUGACUCAUUUAGAGAAGAAAUGGCAUCGAUUUUUCCGAUUAUUCGUCGAGGAAUUUCGACAACAGCCGUUGCUAGCGGUAAGAAGAAUUUCCGAAAGUUCAAUCUUUAUAAUAAGAGAGGUACGAGGGAGUUUAAGGAACGGCAGAGGCACAAUCCUGAUCCUGAUAUUCCCAUUCAUGAUCGUGGAACGAGAAAAAUCGGUUUCAAAGAGGGAGCGCACUUUGUAGUAGUUCCUGAAAUGGUUCCAGAAUUAAUAGUACCGAAUUUGGAAGAUUGUCAAUUGAAACCUUACGUCUCAUACCGCUCUACACGUGUAGUCCAAUCGGCAUUCACACCUAAGGACCUCUUCGAUGCAAUCUACGCCAAGAAAAUAACUAGUGAUUUCAGAGAAGGUAAAUUGGACGAGACCGGCAAUCCUCUAGAACCAAGUGAAUUCGAAUCGCUCUCACCACAGCAAGCACUAGAUCUCGCUAGCAAGACUGGCAGCGAUCUUUUUGCACAAGAGAAACCUCCAGAGCUUUUAGAGGAAGUUAAAUAAGAGCUACAUCAAAUUUCAUAUUGAUUUCUUCCUUCAUUUAUUGUCGUAGAACGUGAUUAUGUAAAUAUCUCACAUGUAUAUGUUUAAACAAUAAAUAUGCGACUAAAAUUAGUGGACCUAGAACUCAGAACCUCGCUGAUCCGGAGUUGACUAAAAAAAAAACUUCGUUAAUUCGCAUUCCUAAAAUUUAAUUUGUAUAUUUCUUUAGCUACUUGCCUUUACUGAUGAGUUCUACGUGCACCGGUGUUAUGACAUACUUUUUCUCAUAUAUUCUGAUCCUGUUUGAAAGAUUACUCACUUCUAAUUACAAUGCUCUAACAUUAUGGUGACCAUUUUGAUGAUUUACAGAUUAUGAAGUAAAAGAAGAAAGUAAAUGAAACUAUUAAUUUUGAGUUAUUCUUUGUAAUAAACGUGUAGAGUCAGAACAAUAUGAAACUUUAAAGCAAGGA